CGGCGUGGAAGAAAGAUGAGAUACGAGAUGAAAAGACGGGGUGCAGCUGCUAUAGUAACGUCCGCGAGCGGGCACGGCUUCGACGCGCAUUUACGCGGCCCUAGUUUCGUGCUGGAACCGCCAUCGAGGAUCGAAUUCUCGAAUUCCAGCGGCGCCUGGUUGGAUUGCACGGCCUCCGGAAGUCCGCCGCCCAACAUCGACUGGUCCACCGCGGACGGGCAUCCGGUGAACGAUGUGUCGGGCGUGCGGAGAGUGCUCAGAAAUGGUACUCUGGUGCUUCUGCCGUUUCCGGCCGCGGCCUAUCGACAGGACGUUCAUAGCGCCGCGUACAGAUGCGUGGCGAGCAAUCCGGUCGGCAGAGUGCUCAGUCGCGAUGUACAAGUCAGAGCAGUGGUGGCUCAAGCAUACAAAGUCGACGUGGAGGUGACAGGGGGAGCAUCGAGGGGAUGUACCGCGAUAUUACGCUGCAUCAUACCUAGCUAUGUCAAAGAUUUGGUGCGCGUCGUAUCUUGGCUACAUGAGCCUUCGUCCUACAUAUAUCCCUCGCUACAAGGAGAUGGCAAGUUCCACCUGCUUCCCACGGGAGAGCUUCUGGUACACAGCCUCGAGUUCAGCGACCAGCUGAACGGCUAUAGAUGCCGUACGAUGCACCGUCUCACGAGACAAGUGGUCGUUAGCACUAUGGCCAACAUUAGGAUAGCAGAUCACAGAGGCGUAAUGCCUCCCGUGAUACUCGAAAACUCCGGCGUCGUUCAUGUCGCCCAAGACGAAUCUACGUCAUUAGUCUGCGUGGCACAAGCCUGCCCUUCGCCGGAAUAUCGGUGGUACGCACAAACAGGUGCAGAACCAAUGUUGGUACUUUCCGGACCCAGAACUAGAUUACUUGGUUCUGUACUGGCCAUCGAGGCAGUAACAUUAGAGGACAGCGGUGUAUAUCGCUGUUCUGCUUCCAAUCCUGGUGGAGAAGCGAGUGCCGAAAUAAGGUUAAUCGUGACGGCGCCUCUUCACGUGGAAGUGACACCUCCGUUGCUCAGCGUUCACUUAGGAGGCAACGCCGAGUUCAGAUGCGAGGUCGGCACACAUCCGCAAGCUGGACCGCACUUUAUCACGUGGUACAAGGACGGUAGGCAACUCCCAGGGUCGGGAAGGCAAUCGGAAUUACUCAGGCUCAACGGAAUCGGGAGGGAUGAUCGCGGGAUGUAUCAGUGCAUUGUGAGAAAAUCGGAAGGGGAUACAGCUCAAGCGUCGGCGGAGCUUCAAUUAGGCGACGCGCCGCCGGUUCUCCUAUACUCGUUCAUCGAGCAGACACUCCAGCCAGGACCCGCCGUAUCCUUAAAAUGUUCCGCCGCAGGAAACCCAACACCGCAGGUAUCAUGGGCGUUGGACGGUUUUCCCUUACCGACUAAUGGAAGAUUCGUCAUUGGUCAAUACGUAACGGUGCACGGCGACGUCAUAUCCCACGUCAAUAUAAGCCACGUUAUGGUGGAGGACGGAGGCGAAUAUUCCUGCACCGCCGAAAAUCGCGCGGGAAAAGUGACACAUGCUGCGCGACUAAAUGUUUACGGACUUCCAUACAUACGUCUGAUCCCGAAAGUGACCGCCGUCGCCGGCGAGACUCUCCGUUUGAAGUGUCCCGUGGCCGGAUACCCGAUCGAGGAGAUCAGAUGGGAGAGAGGGAAUCGCGAAUUACCGGACGAUCUACGUCAGAAGGUACUUCGAGACGGCACCCUGAUGAUCAGCAGCGUGCAGAAGAGCGGCGACGCCGGCGUUUACACCUGUUGGGCGAGGAACAAGCAGGGCCACAGCGCCAGGAGAUCCGGAGACGUCGCAGUGAUUGUUCCCCCCAAAAUUAGCCCGUUCACGGCAGAUCGCGACCUGCACCUCGGCGAACGUACCACCCUGACGUGCUCGGUGACUAGAGGCGAUCUGCCGCUGUCCAUCACGUGGCUCAAAGACGGACGCUCGAUGGGGCCGUCGGAGCGCGUCACUGUCACCAAUGUGGACCAGUACAAUAGCAUACUGAUGAUUGAAAGUUUAUCUCCAGAUCACAAUGGCAACUACUCGUGCGUGGCCCGUAAUGUGGCCGCAGAGGUAUCGCACACGCAGCGGCUUGUGGUUCAUGUGCCACCCAGAUGGAUCGUCGAGCCCAUCGACGUCAGCGUCGAGAGGAAUCGCCACGUUGCCUUGCACUGUCAAGCGCAGGGCGUCCCGACGCCGACGAUUGUUUGGAAGAAAGCCACCGGAAGCAAAGCUGGUGACUACGAGGAGUUGCGUGAAAGAACGUAUACUAAAAUUCUCAGCAACGGCACGCUAUUGCUGCAACAUGUGAAAGAAGACAGAGAAGGUUUCUAUCUGUGCCACGCGAGCAACGGCAUAGGAAGUGGACUAGGCAAGGUCGUCCAAUUAAAAGUCAAUUCAUCUCCGUAUUUCGCGGCGCCGUCGCGGCUCGUAACCGUAAAGAAGGGAGACACGGCGACGUUACACUGUGAGGUACACGGCGAUAAGCCGGUUACAGUUACCUGGUUGAAAGGCGGCAAAAGCGAGCUUAAUCCGUCGACGAAUUACCGCGUCACGGUGAAGCAGGAAGUAACACCGGAUGGUAUCAUUGCGCAAUUGCAAAUCUCGUCGGCGGAAGCCGCCGACAGCGGUGCGUAUUUUUGCCAGGCGAACAAUCUUUACGGCCGCGAUCAGCAGCUGGUGCAACUCCUCGUCCAAGAGCCACCACAACCGCCGAACGCCCUAGAAACUGCCAUGGUGGCGAGUCGUAGCAUUAACGUUAAGUGGCAACAUAAGUCGCAGGACACUAGCGAGGUCACUAAGUACAUUCUUCAGUACAAAGAGGGCGAAGGCGGAAUGUGGCAGCAACAAGAGUUUACCGGACCACCAUUGCCAUAUGCUGCAUUAAUCGAUGACCUGAAACCAGCCACGAGAUAUACCGUACGCGUAAUAGCGGAAGGUCCAGCGGGUCGAUCUGUCCCUUCGGCGGAACUUGUUGUCAGGACUGAACCACAAAGACCAGCUGGUCCGCCGAUGAAUCUCGCAGCGAGAGCUCUUUCCUCGUCUGAGAUUCUUGUCACUUGGUCACCGCCGUUGUCGGAACUUCGUCACGGUGACAUACAAGGUUUCAACGUUGGUUACAAAGAGACUAGCUCAAACAAUCCAUCGUACAACUUCAGCUCCGUAUCGGGUGACGGAGAGGAAGGUGGCGGAGAACUUCGACUUACAGGUCUCAGGCCUUACACUAGAUACACCAUAGUUGUUCAAGCUUACAAUCAGGUUGGACCGGGACCUUUGUGCGAACCAUUGCUUACGCAGACGCUGGAAGACGUUCCCAGCAUGCCACCAGACGAUGUAAGAUGCGCGGCGCUCACUUCUCAAUCUUUGCAAGUGUCUUGGCAACCUCCGCCCAACACGCACAGCAACGGCAUUAUUCAAGGUUACAAAUUAAAUUAUGAACCAAUUUUGGCGGAUGCGUGGCGAGGAGUGGAUGAGAUGGAGGUUCGUAAGACGAGCGCUCUAACGACAGUUCUGACUGGACUUAGGCGAUACACUAAUUACACCAUCCAAGUUUUGGCUUACACGAGAAUCGGCGAUGGCAUAUCUUCCACAACAAUUUAUUGUCAAACAGAGGAAGACGUGCCAGGCAGUCCGGCUGAUAUCAAAGUUGUCGUAAGCUCGCCGCAAGCUCUCUUCAUCUCAUGGCUACCUCCACUUGAACCGAAUGGAGCGAUUACGAAAUACAAUCUUUAUACAAGAGUCGUUGACGGACGCGAAGAACUCAAUCACGGCAAGAAGACGUUACCGGCCACGAGCACAUAUUUCGAGGCGACCGAUCUGCAACAACACGUGGAGUAUCAAUUUUGGGUAACCGGUAGUACCCGGAUGGGCGAAGGUCAGAGUUCGAGGGUGGCGGCGCAGGUGCCGACGAAUCGAGUGCCAGCCAGGAUCACGUCUUUCGGCGGGCACGUGGUGCGUCCGUGGCGGGGUUCGGCUACUUUGACGUGUAACGCGGUCGGGGAUCCGACGAGGGAAUGGUACAAGGGUACCACGGAGCAGAUGCGCACCGAUUCUGCCAGAAACAUGCAGAUCUUGACGACCGGAGAGCUUGUCUUGUCGAAUCUUCAGUCGCAGGACAGCGGAAAUUAUACCUGUCAGGUGGAGAACUCGCAAGGCAGCGACAAACUGCAUUACACUCUCACGGUGCAAGUUCCACCCAGCGCUCCCGUAUUAUACGUAACCAGUUCUACGUCGAGUAGUGUAUUAUUGCAUUGGAAAUCCGAACACAACGGUGGUGCGCCGUUGACGGGCUACACGCUAUAUUAUCGAACUACUCACGGUACCCUUGAUGAGUUACAAUUAUCUCGCCACGCUACCAACCACGAAUUGAAGGGGCUCCUGUGCGGGAACACGUAUCAGUUGUAUCUGACGUCGCACAAUAAGAUCGGCAGUAGUCCAUCAUCGGUGCUCUCGGUUCGAACUCAAGGUCAAGCUCCGGGUAUCCCACCAGCGGCCGCCUUUCUCAGUCCGAACUCCACUACUUUGGUGCUACGAUUGCACGUUUGGCCCGAUAACGGAUGUCCCAUAAAAUAUUUUAUUAUUCAAUAUAGACCUAUAAAUGAGUUUCACUGGACUCUGGUGUCGAAUAACGUCAAGAUGCAACGACGUUUCGUUGUGACGAACUUAACACCCAGCUCGGUCUAUCAGCUCAAGAUCGAAGCCCACAACGUGGCCGGUAGUAAUCAAGCAGAGUUUACGUUCGUGACGUUGACGAAGGAAGGUGAAUCACCGCCUCCAGAACUGUCAAAGCGCGGGAUGACGUCGGUUAUGCCGUUUUAUGCGGAUGUUAAAGUGAUCCUUCCGUUAAUCGUGGCUACUAUCGCGUUGGUCGCCGCAGCAAUAAUCGUCGCCUUUCGUUGGAAGAAUAGAUAUUUAGGGGGUCAAGUGCAACGGCCGAUGAAGGAAUCGCAAGAGAAUCAACAAAAUGCCGAAACGCAACGAGAGCGUUACUAUGCCACGAUACACAAAGUGGCUCUGCAACAAGCGGCGAAUACGGGGGCUGGGCCCGACAAGAUUCCAGGUGAACCUUUGUUUCGAUCUGGACAACUGCCAGAGACAGCGGAGGACAUUUCGCCGUACGCUACGUUCCAGCUUUCGGAGGGUGGCGGGGGAAGCCUGGCAGGGUUGGGCGCAUUGGGAGGACUGGGAGGCGCGGCGGAGGCCACAGCGGCCGGUCUUCAUCCGAACAAUACUCUUCUACACAGCUUUAUGUAUCACGAGCACGCCAUGACCGAAGGAUGCGCGAGUCCUCCACCGGCAGCAACGAGCAUGAAGAGCGUCUCGUCGAGAAGGCGACAGCAGAGAAAGCAACACACUCCGGGCGAUGUCGAGAGCGACGAGAGCGAGUCUGACCCGGAUCAGCUGAUAAGCUCGCGGACGGAGUCAUCGAAUCAACUGGACGCUGGCAAAUUAAAACAUAUUCGCGCGGUUUCGGAUUUCAUCUAUCACGGCACGUCGAGCACCUCCUCGGACAUUUCUCCCAUGUCCGAACAGAAGUCACUGCCACGAAGGGGGAGAUCAAGAUGGCAUGUUCCCAGCAGGAGCUCUCUACGCACCCUUCUGCCGCCGAUUUCGGUCGCGGAGACCGCGUUCGUCGGCAAUCAGGGGGUUGUGCCUAUGCCGGGAAACGGGGACCGGCCGGAGCUCAGCGAGGCCGAGUGCGACAUUGAUUCUCUGAAGAAGUUGAAACUUGGCCUGAGGAGCUCCUUGUGGUCACGGCCGAGUACUCAGAACAAUCCCUCGUCGGAUUACUCCAUCGCCGUCUAAUCUGUACCACGGUAUCACUCUCUUCCAUUGUAGGGACACCCUUCUUCUUCCUUACCCUACUUCCUUUCUCAACCCCUUGGUCCAAAGAUUAGGUAAAUUGAUCUUUCCUUCUCAUUUCUCUCGUCGAGAUUUCCCUUGUGGUUACUGGUAGAACUACUCGACUGCCACGAGCACAUUUCUCUCUGUCGAUAGAUAAAUUGCAUUCUACUCGUUAACGACGAUUAAUAGGGAGAGGCGUGCAUAAAUAAGAUUGUAAAGAAGAUUAAAGCAACGAGGUGGACGAAUAUAGAAGAACAGAGCUGAAUAAAAAGCAAAGAUCAUUUCUUGACAUAUUAAAAGAAGCUCUCUUAAACUACCCUACAGUGUUUUUAAACUAAUAUCUCUCAUAAAUAUAAUUCAUAAUUUAUAAAAAAGAUUUUAUAUUUCUCGCAGAUAUUAUAUCAGCUUUUCUAACAUUUAAUUAAUAAUAUACAGCUAUAUGACAGAAAGUCAUGCGAAACUAUAGAACUGUGCUUCUAUAAAUGUGUUCCCUCGUUGAUCGAGUCGAGAAAAAUUAGUCGAAAGUAUCUAAAAGUGCGUGCGUCUCCUCUUCCUUGUCCGUGACGCGACGCGUAAAAUGGAGUGCAUAGAUUGCGUGAAUGAGUCCGAGUCCGAGUGCGUGGAUGAUUGUCGAAUCGCGUGUGCGAAUGCGUGCCAAAACGACAAUUUGCUCAGACCGCUGCGAGUUGUUCGCCAGCGGACGAUCCAUUCGAGACCAAAGACUUAAUCGUAUGAACAGAGCACAGAAGAAUCCCUCGCGCAUCGUGAACAAGUACAGUGGCAGGCUACAUUUGCUUCUGUUUCGAGCUAACAUUUAUCAAAAAAAAAAUCUUUCUUUAUUUGCGUAUAAUUUAUCGUGUUAAUUUUAUGCCACUUUUCGUAUUCGUAUCUCUUUACAUUUUUCUAAUAACUUCUAAUUAUGAUAUAUAAUAUUGAUUGCUACACGUUUUAUUUCUUUUUUCUUUCUCU